UCCAUUCACAGCUUUGGUGUUUAUGCGUAUCCGAUACGUCAUCAUCGACAAGGUGUCACGACACACAGACAGACAGCAGAUGAUAAAACUAGAACAUAAAUUUUGAACUUAAUAGAGAUUUUAGGUAUACCUAUGAUGAUGGCAGAUUCAGGUCCAGCACAUAAUGGGGAAUCAAAAGCAAAUGACACAUUUGAACAGGACUUGAAAGACAUCCUGAAUGAUGGACAGGACUUGACAGAUGUACAUAAUACUGUACAAAGUGGAUCCCCCAAUAAGAUCAUGACAUCCUCUUUCCCGGGAGCAUCCACUGGUAACUUUGGAGCACAGUCUGGUCUUACUCGCUCUCUCACUAUGCCUCCUGCAACAAGCAAUAUUUCCUUGUCCUCACAAGGGGCUCCACAGAACAAUGGUGGAGACUUCAUUCCCAAGACGGUGCAUGCUGCUCAGACAAAACUAGAAACCAUUAAACACUGGAGUCUGAAUACUAUCAAAUGCACCAAGCAACUUAUCUCAGAAAAAUUUGGCAAAGGUUCCAAAACAGUGGAUUUAGAACUAGAAAAUCAAAUUGAAUCCCUGAGAGACAUGCAGAGAAAAUAUAGCAACAUUUUACGUCUGGCGAGGACUUUAACUAACCAUUUUUACCAGGUUGUGCAAACACAGAGGGCUUUGGGAGAGGCAUUUUCUGAGCAAUCUCAAAGAAAUCCAGAGCUGCAAGAAGAAUUUUCUUAUAACUGUGAGACACAAAGAAAUUUGGUGAAAAACGGAGAAGUUCUCCUGGGUGCAAUGAAUUUUUUCACAUCUACAGUAAAUACUCUUUGUAAUAAGACAAUGGAAGACACAAUUCUGACAAUAAAGAAUUAUGAGGCAGCCAGGUUAGAAUAUGAUGCAUACAGAAGUGAUGUAGAAUCUCUUCAGCUUGGACCCCGAGAUUCUACUCCAGCCCAAAGAAUAGAAGAAGCCCAGAGAAAGUUCGAAGAACACAAAGCAAAAUUUGAGAAGCUCAGAGGAGAUGUUGCCAUCAAAUUGAAGUUUCUAGAUGAAAACAGGGUGAAAGUUAUGCACAAGCAGCUAUUGUUGUUCCAUAAUGCCACAUCAGCCUAUUUCACUGGUAAUGCCACUGCUUUAGAUGCCACUCUGAAGCAGUUUAACAUCAAACUCAAAUCUGCCAACACUGCAGGCCCUUCCUGGUUGGAACAAUGAUGUAACAAAUCCGUCUAGUCAUACUAUAAAUCGUGAAAUUAGCCAUUGAUGAGCAUUUAGUGUGGAUGAAAAUAAGGAAAAGGUGUGAGUUGCUUCCCUUUCUCACCAAGUCUCCCCAUUACAUCGUAUGACAUUCUGAUGAUGCUAACAGUCCCAGGUCCUUUUGUUACUGUUAUAUACUCGAGCUUUUUUUUCUGUUAUGUGGGUUGCAUACGUUAAUGUCAGAAGUUUAUUAUUGCGAACAUCCUAGUAGUGUAGCUGUUUAUUUUCUUGUGCUUUUAUAGAUGUGAUAAUGAGAUUGGUUAGAAUAACGCCUCCAACAUGUACAUUCCACUGGUGUGAUAAUUUGUACUCGAUGUUUGAUACGUAAAAUUAUUGUGUAUUGACAUUUCAUCAUGAUACACUGUACAUGCAUUUGUUGUUGUAUUUUAAAUUAUUGUGUUGGUAGAUAGAAACUUGCAGUUUUCAGAAACGAAGUUUGCAUCGGCUAUAGUAUCUACAUUGUACUUGAUGAACUUGUAAACAGCUAUGCAAGGUUACUUACUUUUCCAAUGCAUUGAUUAUUGAUAAAUUUGUUUAGUGGCAGUACAGCUUCUCAUGACAAAACCAGUACACAAUAGACAUUACACUACUACUCUUUAUAGAAGAGGAGUGUAAUGUUUUUUAUGCACAUACAGGUGAGAGUGUAUAAGGCAACAUUACUGUCAUUGCAGUAUACUUUUCAGUCAAAAAAAAAACAUUACUGAAAAGAUUGUGGUGUAUAUAAGUUUUGAAAUGGACAACUAAUAGUAUCAUGAAUGUGUAAAGUUUUUUGAUAAUGAACUAAAAAAUGAAAAUUUGUGCUCUUCUGGUAAAGGGAAGUAAUUGUUAAACCAAUAUAACUGCUGAUGUUGGUGUUCGGAUUUAGUUUUGCUGUGUAUUGUUAUCAUUUUUAUUUUUGGUAAUGUCACCAGGUACAUAAAUUGCCCCCGUGUUUUGUAUAUCCUUACAUGUAAUACUACAAUAGGACUCUCAUUAUCUACCAGGUAAAAGUUCAUAUAUAGGUUAUUUUAAAUGAUGAAGUCUUUGUACUCGUACAGAGACAGGUCAUUAUUAGAAAUGUUUCAUAAUUGUGCUUCCGAUAUUCUUCUAGUUUAAUUAGACUCCCAACAGAAAUAACCUGAAAGAGAUAUUUAUUAUUUUUACCUCUGUUUGAAAAUUUACAAUUUAAAUCCACUAUGGUAAAUUGAUAUAUUAUUUACCACUUUUAAAAAGAAAAACAAAAACUGAGACUUAAGUUCCUAUUGGUAACCCAAGACCAUAGUCAUGAACCUAUGCAUAGUCAGGUCAAGUUUGUAUUUGCAUAUAUUUGUUGCCACUGAAGAUAGAUUAUUCGGAUUCAUGUUCAGGCUUUUCAUUUUUAAAAGUAUCCCGCAGAAGUGUAUGAGAUGUUUUAUUUAUUUACCAGAUAUACUGAACAAAAGAGAUGUCCUUACUAUGGACUUAUAAAAUGUUGUGGUAUUCUAUACUUAAAUGUCAACAAUUUCUUUGACAUAUUUAUGUAGGAAAAAAAAUCGCAAAGUUGGAAAUAACAUGUAGCUUUAAUUUCCAAACAUUUUGGAAUUUUCAUCCAAACUUCCCAAAAAAUUUCUUUAUAUCAGAAUUUGAUACCUUGACGUUAUCAUUGACCCUUUGGAAUAAUGAAUUUGUAGAAAAGCUGAAGAUACAUGUAAUGUGCAUAUAUACAAAUCAAAAUUAAUGGGACAAUGCCCAUUUGUGAUUCUUGAUUUCCCCACACAUGGUAAUCGAUUAUGUUUGAAGAUGAGCUGAAUGUAUGAAUCAAAAUUAAUGCUGGACAAAAUUGAUAAACUACAAUUACAAAAAUAUUGUAUUUUUAGAUACAAUGUGUUUUUGGAAUAUCAGUAUUGUAGUUUGGAAAAAUACCCUUUGUAACCUUCCAGGCCAACAGAUUGAUGAAGAAAGUUCACUUUUUAAGAUAAUACUGUAAUCAUACAGGCAUAGGAAAUAUCCUGAGUUCAAACUUUAUUAUGAAUCCUGAGUAUUUUUAAAGACCUUGUCACUUCAUUUAUACUCAUAUGUAGAAUAUUGCUUUUCUAUAUAAUGUUAAUGCAGUGCUAAAAAGUUUUGUAGGCAAUAUCCAACCUUAUUACAUACUUUGAUAUUUCCCCCCUGUAGAUUCUUUCGAGUACCCAGGCUUUUAAUGAUCCAUAAAUGUCUGCACUGUAAAAGCUCAGGGACUACUUUUUAACUCAUCUGCUUACAUAAUUUGAUAAUUUUGACCUCACAUCAGUUAGCAAAUAAUAAAUUAAUGUAAAGACUUUGUCUGCUACUGAUUAUGUAAAUGAAUUUUAACCCUAACUUCUAGAUGUUAUAGUGCAUAUAAUUUAGAAAAUAUGUAAUAAAAUAGUUCUACAUGUACACUGAAUAUUGGUACAGUAUAUAUACCCACCCUUGGUUGUUGCACAGAAACGGACUGCAAGCUCAGUCUGCUUUACUAUACAAUAAUCUCUAGUGGACACAUUUCCCUAUAUUCAGUCAGUAACCUAUAAUUAAUUAGAAUAUUAACACUUGACAUACUACCCAAGGCACCAUUCAUUAUGAAAUAGUAGUAAAUAUACUCUACACAUUUCUGUUCAAAACAAGUGCAGCAAAACAAUUUAUAUAUGUACUUUUAUAGUAUCCUACUUGAGCAUGUUUUUUUGACUGACAUUUUAACAUGCAUGUGUUUCAAACUAUCUUUGUUUUGCUUGAAUAUGUGUACAUUGCUUGGUAUGAAUUAGUGGUAGGACUGUUGCUGUGUGGGGAAAAAAUUGGUCUGUCCCAAUGGUUGUUUUCCGUAGAGAGAUACAGUUCUGCAGCUAGAGAUUCAUAGUUUGAUCUUUAUAAACAACAACUAUUUAUUCAGCAUGUUCUUUCAAGAUGGAAUGGAAUUGAAACAAAACACAGAAGACUUAAUCUGCCAUACUUGUAUGAUGUUCAAGAACUGCAGAAAAACUGGUAAUUGAGUACAUUGUGACGGGCAAUAUGUACAUAAUUGUAGUUUGUUGGCUCUACAGCAGCAUUUUGAUUAUACCUGCAAGAUGUGACUGGAAUGUUAUGGGGAUGAAGUAGUAUUGUACAUUUGACCAUAUAUGUACAAGUUUGCAAUUGUAAAAUUCCAAUUUAAAACUCCAUACUGUACCAAUAAUGGGAUAUGGUUAAUUGAUCAUGCACUAUACUUUAAAUCCAUGUUUUCCCCCCAUUGUCAUACCUAACAGAUAGCCAUAGAAUUUUCUUGUAAAUAUGAUUUUACAUUACAUGUAUCAUUCAAUAUUGUGUUUACACUACAUCUUAUUUAUGUAUUUAUAUCUGAUCAAUGCUUGUUCUUCGGUGACUUGCAUUGAAAAUUAAUUUAUCGAUGACUGUACUGGGUUUUUAUUCUGUUUGUUAACACUGGUAUUUAGCUUCUACAUACUGUUUUAAGUUUCACUCAUUAUUAUAUGCAGUAUAUUACAUUAUAUACCUGCUACUAUAAUGUACAUUUAAAUGUGAAACGAAGUUGUGAUUAAACUCUACAAACCAAAA